AUGGAGCUCUUCGCUUCACUGCAUUCGUCCCCGUUACAGGAUCAAAAGGCCACGCGAGCAGCAGGCGCUGAUGGACGUGCAGCUCGGCGCGCAGGCCGUGGACUCUCUCACCGCUCUCUACCGCUCCCUCGCUCUCACCUCCCAGGAUCUGAAGAGGGCGUGGGAUGCCACGUGGAGGGCCAGAGACGCACAGGUGGCGACCCUCCUUCCUCUCAUUGGUUGUUCCGAACCCCCUUCCAUUCCCUCCCAUUCACCCCCCCCUCCUUUCCCCCCUCCCCCCUUCCCACUGUUUCCCCUUUCACCCUUUUCCGCUUCUCUUCUUUCUCCCCUGUCCUCCCCCCUUCUUCCCCCUUCUCCCAUCCUUCCCACUCGCCCCUUGUCGGUCAUACCUCUUCCCCCCUUGCCAUAACGUGCCGUCAUGCCACCACGUGCCAGCGUGCAGUGCAGCACAGGCUCCUGGGGGUCCACAUCACGUCACCAGAUGGCGGCAUGCAGCGCAGCUCGCCACAGGCUGUUGGCGCACCUGGACACACAGCUGCAGCACUGCACGGCCCUUGCCCACACACUAAGAGCAGCAGCGGAAGAGAACAUGUGCGUGGCUCAGCCCUUGCCCACACACUAAGAGCAGCAGCGGAAGAGAACAUGUGCGUGGCUCAGAAGCUGAAGGCGAGGCCGCCACGCACGGGGUGGCAUCGCUGCUUGCUGACAGGGCAGGCGCAGCAGCAGCAGGAGGAGGAGGAGGAGGAGGAGGAGGAGGAGGAGGAGGAGGAGGAGGAGGAGGAGGAGGAGGAGGAGGAGGAGGAGGAGGAGGAGGAGGAGGAGGAGGAGGCGAUCCGGUGUGUGAGACGGGGAGCGCACCAUGGGAAUGAGAGCACAAGCGCAUGGGAGACACAAAGGGAGGAGGCCACAUUGGGGGGGGAGGGGGCACGAUGGGAGGGGGGGCACGAUGGGAGGCAGGUUGGGGGCAUCAGAGCAGCAGCAGCUGCAGCGGCAACAGCAGUACCAGUGGCAGCAGCAGUGGCUUCUCCUCCUCUUACUCCCGUCCGUGCUCUGUCCCUCCCUCUCCCUCCCUGCCCUUCUCUGUCCCUCUCUGUUCUUCUCCCCCCCUCUCCACUCUCUCCCCCCUCUCCCUCUCUCCUGCGCACCAGAGCGCGCAUAGAGGGGGAAGUGGCAGCGCGCAUUGAAGCUAUAGUGGCCGCCCGGGACACAACCCACCUCAGUGCUGCUGCUGCUGCUGCUGCCGUCGGUGCUGCUGCUGUUGGUGCUGGUGGUGGGGCUGCUGCUGCUUCUGCUGCUGCUGCUGGUGCUGCUGGUGGUGGUGGUGGUGCUGCUGCUGAUGCUGCUUCUGGUGCUGCUGAUGCUGCUGCUUCUGGUGCUGUUGGUGCUGCUGCUGUCGGUGCUGCUGCUGUCGGUGCUGCUGUUCAUGCUGCUGAAACCGUGGUUGCUGCUGCUGCUGCUGCUGCUGCUGCUGCUGCUGCUGCUGCUGCUGCUGCUGCUGCUGCUGCUGCUGCUGCUGCUGCUGCUGCUGCUGCUGCUUCUGAUGCGGCUAGUGCUGGUGCUGGUGCUGCUGCUGCGGCUGGUGCUGGUGCUGCAGGGUUGAGAGAGAGCGUGCAGGCAGAGGCUACAUUGAUUGCGAGCACAGGGGGCGAACUUCCCCAUGCAGGCUAUGCACAAGGAGCAGAUAGAGGAGGGGGCACAGUGGGUGAUUCUCCUUGUUCAGGGGGAUCAGUGGGAGUAGUGACAGGAGCCGGCACACGUGAUCAUUUCUCCCGUGCAGGGGCUGCAGCAGGAACAGCAGCAGAAGCAGAGCGGGUUACAUGUAGGGUUAAUGGGAGAGGAGAGAGAGAGGGGGGAGAGGAGGGCGAUGGGGUAGAGGAAGGAGAGGGGGGAGAUGGAAAGGAGGGAGGAGUUGUGACAGACAGAGGACAUGGUAGAGAGGCAGGAGAGGCAGGAGAGGCAGGAGAGGCGGGAGAGGGUGCAGAGGAGGGAAAAUGGGCGGAGACGGGAAAGGAAAAGGAGGGGAGAGUUGUGGCAGACAGGCAAACUGGUAGAGAGGAGGGAGGGGAAGGUGAGGCGGUCAGGGAGCAAGAGGAGGGGGAGGGUGGAGUAGGUGGGGAGGUGGGAGUGAGUGGAGAGAGGGGCGUGGGGGAAGAGAGGGAAGUGGGAGGAGAGGGGAGAGUAAGGGGAAAGGGGAGAGAAGGCAGAGAACCGGGGUUAGAAAGGGAGCAGGAGAGAAAGGAGAGGGAGGGGAGCGAGGAGUGGGAGGAGAGCGAGGAGCGGGAGGAGAGGGAGGAGCGGGAGGAGAGGGAGGAGCGGGAGGAGCGGGAGGAGCGGGAGGAGAGGGUGGAGAGGGAGGAGAGGGAGGAGAGGGAGGAGAGGGAGGAGCGGGAGGAGCGGGAGGAGGAGGGAGUGAAAGCAGCCAGCAGAAUUGCUGCUGCUGGCACUCCCAAACCAGAUGCUUGUUCGCACGCACAGCCUGCCUCAAGCAACAGAAGUGGUGGGCCAACCCAUGCAUCGAACCACCAGACCAGGGAAGCCAUUCAACCACCCUCCCAAGGCCGCUGCACCCAUUCCCGGGCGGAUGGUGUGGGCUGCGUAGGCUCUCUUGGGUGCACAGCAGCAGCACAUGGUGCAGUGGCCAGGGCAGCAGAAGCAAGUAGAGGUGGUGAUUUAGGAGCACGUGCUGCUGCUGCUGCUGCUGCUGGUGCUGCUGCUGCUGCUGCUGCUGCUGGUGCUGCUGGUGCUGCUGCUGCUGCUGGUGCUGCUGGUGCUGCUGGUGCUGCUGCUGCUGCUGGUGCUGCUGGUGCUGCUGGUGCUGCUGGUGCUGCUGGUGCUGCUGCUGCUGCUGGUGUUGCCUGUGCAGCUGCCGGUACUGAGGAAGAGCAACAGCAGCAACAGCAGCACAUGGAAGAGCAGCAGCAGCAACAGCAGCACAUGGAAGAGCAACAGCAGCAACAGCAGCACAUGGAAGAGCAGCAGCAGCAACAGCAGCACAUGGAAGAGCAGCAGCAGCAACAGCAGCACAUGGAAGAGCAGCAGCAGCAACAGCAGCACAUGGAAGAGCAGCAGCAGCAGGAGGAGGACAUUCAUGUUCCGAUGUUGACUCAGUGUGGACAUGCAGAAGGAGAUGACGUGGAAGGAGAUGACGUGGAAGGAGAUGACGUGGAAGGAGAUGACGUGGAAGGAGAUGACGCGGAAGGAGAUGACGCGGAAGGAGAUGACGUGGAAGGAGGUGACGUGGAAGGAGGUGACGUGGAAGGAGGUGACGUGGAAGGAGGUGACGUGGAAGGAGAUGACGUGGAAGGAGAUGACGUGGAAGGAGAUGACGCGGAAGGAGAUGACGCGGAAGGAGAUGACGUGGAAGGAGGUGACGUGGAAGGAGGUGACGUGGAAGGAGGUGACGUGGAAGGAGGUGACGUGGAAGGAGGUGACGUGGAAGGAGAUGACGUGGAAGGAGGUGACGUGGAAGGAGGUGACGUGGAAGGAGGUGACGUGGAAGGAGGUGACGUGGAAGGAGGUGACGUGGAAGGAGGUGACGUGGAAGGAGGUGACGUGGAAGGAGAUGACGUGGAAGGUGGUGACGUGGAAGGAGAUGACGUGGAAGGAGGUGACGUGGAAGGAGGUGACGUGGAAGGUGGUGACGUGGAAGGUGGUGACGUGGAAGGAGGUGACGUGGAAGGUGAGGACGGAUAUGCGGCUGCCAUGCCGCCAAAGCACCCAAGGCUGCACCAAAAUGUGGAGAGGAGCGAGCCAAACACUGCACCCGCUGCCACUGCUGCUGCACCUGCUCUUGAUACUGCUGUAGUUGCUGCCUCCUCUCUUCCUCCUGCCGUACCUCCGCUUUCCAAGAGCAGGGAAGCAAAAGGCUCAUCUCUGUCCUUGCCUAUAGAGAUCAGCUCCUCUCCUUCGGAAAAGGAGGAGAGCACUGGGGACGGGAGGAUAGAGGAAGGGAAUGGCUGUAGCAAGAACGGUGGUGUCUCGAUAGAAGAAGGGGAGGUGGUGGGGGAAGUCACGGAGGGAAGCCAAGAGUGUGAAGCAGACGGUGGUGCUGGUGGCGUCUUGAGUGCUCCCAACGUGAGUCUUGAGAUAAGUGAUGCAGAGGGGGUGGAGGAAGGCGAGGUUCAGGUUGACAGCUGCAGCCCAAUGGAUGCUGUGGCUGCGGUGACUGUAGUGGAAGCUGCUGUAGCAGGGCAUGCUGUAGCACAGGAUACUGUACCGGGGGAUCCUGUAGUAGGGGAUGCAGUAGCAGGGAAGAAAGAAAGAGCACAAUCACCUGCCAAGCCUCCUGCUGAUGCCUCUGCUGCCCCUUCGCCUGUCUUCCCUGCUCUUGCUGACCCGGCCUCUGCUGCAGCUGCUGCUUCAGUGCUUUCUGAAGCCUUCAACUUUCGCCUGGAAGCUCUUGGUCCCAUUGUCGAAUCAGUGUCGGGGUAUUUGGAUCAGCAGAAGCAGGAUCAACAGGAAAAGCGCCAGGAAAAGCAGGGGGACGGGCAUGUGGAGAGGCAGGAACAAGGUCCAGGGGAUGACAGGAAUGAGGAAGGUGCUUCCGAGUGGUCCAGUCAAGAGGUGGAUGGUGGUGGGCAUGGGGGUAGAGAGAGCCAAGGCACGGAUGAAACAGAAAAGCUCAAUUCGCCUUAA